AUGUUUAUGGGUUCGUUACCUACUUUUACAGGUGAUGCCACACUGUGGUUUUCACAGUUAGAGGCACAAUUUCGUGCACAAAGUAUUACUCCCGAGCAGCAGUUGGAAAUCCUUUAUGGUUGCAUGCCGCCGCAACUGGCAUCUUCAGCAAGGGACCUUAUUACAGACCCUAGUCCAGGCGCUACUUAUGCGUCUGUUAGAUUAGAGGUUGAAAAAAGAAAUACACGAAGCGAGGAAAGUCGUUUCAAUGAGUUAAUGGCAGAUGAGCAACUAGGGGACAGAACUCCGUCAGAAUUUUUACGAAGACUGAGGGAGUUAAGUGGUAAUGCAUCAGAUGCCCCCCUCCUUCGGAAGAUUUUUUUCUCGAGGUUGCCCGCCUAUAUACAGACCGUUUUGGCAACCGGCUUAGAGACAAAUACAGUGGACCAAAUAGCGACGAUGGCUGAUAAGAUGGUUGAAUUUGCCGUUCAACCAUCGUCACGGUCUGCUUGUGCCUGUUCACAGACCUCUUCGGCCUCAAUUGAGGGGCUUUCUAAACUAAUAGAAACCCUCACUAAAAGGAUGGACGCGAUGUGUCGCGAUGGUAAGCGAUCUUCAAAAUCGCGAAGUCGCAGUCGUUCAUCCUCGAGAUCAAAACAGUCUAAGUCUGGACUGUAUCUAGUGUCGAAGAAAAACUUCAUGGUAGACACUGGUUCUUGUUGCAGUAUUUGGCCUCUGCGUUGCACAACAGACAGGCCAAAGCGAUCUAACGUCAUCUUGCACGCUAUUGACUCGUCACCAAUAGCCACAUUCGGUCAGAUGUCGUUGCGCCUUGAUAUUGGUCUUCGACGAGACUUUCGAUGGGUUUUUGUCAUUGCCGACAUUCCGCAUCCUAUUUUAGGUGCGGAUUUUCUGGAUAAAUUUGAUUUGUUGGUAGAUGUCAGACGUCGGAGGGUGGCUAAGCCAUUGCAUUCGACACGACACUUUAUAACAACAACUGGACCUCCUGUUUUUUCACGUCCAAGGCAUCUUGCACCUGAUCGACUUAAAACUGCUAGGGCUGAGUUUGAGCACAUGCUUCAGCUCGGUCUGAUACGCCCCUCCACCAGUCCAUGGGCAUCUCCCCUUCAUUUAGUAAGAAAAGGGGAUACAGAUUUUCGCCCGGUGGGAGAUUAUCGGCGUCUAAAUUCGGUGACGAUUCCAGACAAAUAUCCCAUAAGGAUUUUAAACGAUUUUUCGGCAAAUUUACAUGGCUGUACUAUUUUUUCUAAGGUUGACCUGAUACGUGCCUACCAUCAAAUACCGGUCAACUCAGACGAUAUUCCUAAAACAGCAAUUACUACUCCUUUUGGCUGUUUCGAAUUUUUAUUUAUGAGUUUUGGUUUGAGGAAUGCCACUAGUACUUUCCAACGGUUUAUAGAUGAAGUUGUUCGCGGACUGGAUUUUGUGUUCGCGUAUGUCGAUGAUAUUCUAAUCGCAAGUGAUACGCAUGAAAAUCAUCUCCUGCACUUGUCUCAGCUUUUUCAGCGUCUUCGCGACUAUGGUGUUCGCAUUAAUCCAGACAAGUGUGUUUUUGGGCAACCAUCUCUUAAUUUUCUCGGUCAUUAUAUUGACUUGAGAGGAAUCAAACCACUCUCAUCCAAAGUCGAUGCUAUUCAGCGCAUCGCACCACCUUCUUCUUUGCGUCAACUUCGCCAAUUUUUAGGCAUAGUAAAUUUCUAUAGACGUUUCAUAGAUCGGUGUGCGGACAAGUUACCUUUAACACAAAUGCUAAAGGGCAAUUCCAAGAAGGACGCCCGUCUUACUCUUUCGGCUGAAGCACUGUCUGCCUUUGAGUUGGUUAAAAAGGAACUAGCUUCAGUCCCUAUUUUGGCACAUCCGGCUCCUAAUGCUCCACUUACUUUAUCUGUGGACGCAUCAGAGUCUGCAAUUGGCGCUGUUUUGCAGCACACCGUAGAGGGUGAGGUUAAACCUUUAGCUUUCUUUUCUUGUCAGCUAAAGCCAGCUGAACGCAGAUAUAGUACCUUUGAUCGAGAGUUACUAGCGAUCUAUCUGUCAGUUCGGCAUUUUCAACACCAGCUCGAGGGACGAGAGUUUGUGAUUUAUACUGAUCACAAGCCCCUUACUUUUGCAUUAUCUUCUAAAACGGAUAAACUCUCUCAUCGUGCUUUCCGUCACCUGGACUAUAUUUCUCAAUUUACAAGUGACAUUAGGCAUGUGCCAGGCACGGAAGGCUCUAUUCUUUGUGACGUUUCUACCGGUUCACCUAGACCAUUAGUACCUGAGAAACAUCAACGUUCCGUGUUUGAUGCUCUUCAUUCACUGUCACAUCCAGGUAUAUCUGCCACAGUAAAGCUUGUUACUGCUCGGUUCUUCUGGCCCAAUAUGCGACGAUCAAUUACCUCUUGGGCACGCUCUUGUUUGAGGUGCCAGAGUGCUAAAGUCCAUAGACACGUUCGUGCUCCACUUGGACAAUUUUCCUCUCCUGAAGCCCGUUUUCGCCAUAUCCACCUUGAUUUGGUUGGACCAUGGCCUGUGAGUCGCGGGUUCUCAUACAUUUUAACUUGUAUUGAUCGUUUUUCACGCUGGCCGGAAGCUAUUCCUAUAGUAGACAUGUCAGCUGAAACUGUUGCGAGGGCUUUCGUAUCUAAUUGGAUUUCGAGAUAUUUUUCUGCCCUUCCUCCUAUGGACCCUCGACACCAAAAUCCUCCUUCUAGUGUGCCAUCAGACCUUAAUUCUUGGACGCAUGUUUUUAUUCGUGAUGAUUCUGUCAAAGGACCUCUUGUUUCUCCUUAUAAAGGACCUUUUCGUGUGAUUUCUCGCACGCCGAAGGUAUUCAAACUUGAAAUUAACGGUCGUUCGGAGACCGUCUCCGUAGAUCGUCUUAAAAGGGCAUAUUUUGAGGUGUCCACAUCUUUUAAUGACCCCACUGCCACAACCAUCGUUGAACCUUCACAUGCACCUUUGACAACACCACUAUUUACACAUGCACCAUUAUCAACACCAACAUCGACAACACCACCUUCGUCGUCGCAGCCUGCCUCGAACAGACCUUAUGUUACGAGUUGCAGCAAACGAUUGCCAAGAGGUAACCGAAUAAAUCUAGCAUGUAAGCGUAAAGGUCGUCGGUCAGACCAUCGAAACCAGGCGAUUUACCCUCGUGCAGCUUCCCGUAUUUCCGCAGCUGUUAUCGGCUUCUUGCAACGCUCCGCCCCUGUUGCCGAGAGCCGCGGCAGUCUGUCGAGGAUUCAGGAAGAUGUCGGUGAGUAUAAUGAUAGAGAUGAAUAUGACAAUGACGAUAACUGUGAAGAUAGCAGCCAGGGUGAUACCAUCAGCAAGAAUGAUGAUCAUGACGAUGAUGAUCAUGAUGCCCAUCGCGAUGACGACGGCAGUCCUUUGUGGGGCAGUUUUGGCAAUGUUGUUGAACUAGUGUCAAUAAAAAAUCCUGAUCCCAUAUUGAGCAAGAGGAGGCAUAAACUAAGCUACCUUACUGUGGACCCUACGAAUUAUCCGCCUGGACCCUCCACCCCACCCUACCCACUAGAUACUAAUAUUAUGAGAUUCGGGAACCCUAAUCAAUUCAAUAAUAGCAACCCUGGUACCACCGCCUCUAGUAUUAGUAACCCUAGCACAUGUGACAGUGGUGACGCCCUCUUCCGACCCCUACCAGUAACGGUAACACCUCCAGUCAUGCUUCAAGGAUAA